AAACAUAGUCAAGCAGAUAAUAAAGAGAUGACAGCAGAGUGCUUUAAUAGAUUUAGUAGAUAUAAAUCACCAAGACAUCGAGGAAAAAAUAAUAGGAUGCACUACAAAAAUAUUGAUCAGUCUGCUGAAGGCUCUAGUCAAGCAAAUAAUUCAGAAAUGACCAUGGAAUUUUAUAAUAGACCUAGUAGAGGUAGACCACCAGGACUUAAAGGGAAGAGUAUUGGAUUGUAUUACAGAGAUAAAAUGAUAAAGAAUAAUAGAUAUAAACCCAAAUCUAGAAUUAAAAUAAGACCAUCUACUUUGAACAUGAUUCAAAAAUUAAUUUUGCACCCAAAAUGCACAGAAAAGAAAUCUUAUAAUUAUAAGCUGCAAAACAGUAUUAAUGAAGAUUAUGGAAAGCAAUAUAACCAUAUUCUUGAUCCUAAGUUCAAAAGGAAGUUUUUAAGUUUAAUUAGUGGAAAUUUACAACAUAAAAUUGAACAAGAUUUAACAACUAAGCCGUUAUUAGAAAGAAGAGAAAGUGUAGAUAUAAAUUUAUUAAAUGAAUUAAAUGAUAAGAGAUUAACUAGUGAAUAUAAAAAAUUAUUAGAUUUUCGUAAAAAAUUACCAGCUUACCAAAACAAACAAAGUAUUUUAGAUCUUAUUAAUGCCAAUCAAAUAGUACUUAUAAGUGGGGAAACAGGAUGUGGUAAAACAACUCAGGUUGCUCAAUUAAUACUUGAUUAUGAAAUUGAAUGUGGGAGAGGCAGUACUACAUGUAUUGCUUGCACACAGCCUAGACGAAUAUCUGCUAUAUCAGUAGCUGAAAGAGUGGCUGUUGAAAGAGUAGAGAAUCUUGGAAAUUCAGUAGGAUAUCAUAUUCGUUUAGAGAAAAUAUUAGCUCGACCUUAUGGUAGUAUAGUUUUUUGCACUACUGGUAUGUUAUUGCAAUUCAUGCAGAUAGAUGCUGCACUCAGAAAUUAUUCUCAUAUCAUUUUAGAUGAAAUUCAUGAAAGAAGUAUACAUAGUGAUAUUAUUAUAACUUUAUUAAAGUUUAUUCUUCCUAAAAGAUCAGAUUUAAAACUAAUUUUAAUGAGUGCAACAUUGAAUUCUGAUCAGUUUUCUAAAUAUUAUAAUGAUUGUCCUUCAAUGCAUAUUUCUGGAUUUACUUUUCCUGUAGAAGAAUUUUAUUUAGAAGAUAUACUUAAAAUAACACAUUUUAAAUUUCCCAAGGAAGGAAAAGUAGGAACAUGGCAAAAAUAUUUAAAGAAAAAUAUAAACAAAGAAAUGGAAUUAAUAAAUCAUAAAGCCUUGAUCGAAUCAUAUUAUACAUAUUCAAAUUUUAUAAACUUAUAUUCAGUUGAUUUAUGGGAAGAAUUACUUAAUCCAAAAUCUGAAGAUAUUUCAUUUGAUUUAAUACUUGAUUUAACUAAACAUAUUUGUUUGACACAAAAACCUGGAGCAGUAUUAAUUUUUUUACCAGGUUUAAUAGAUAUUACAGGAUUACAUAAGUUGUUUUUAGAAUCUGAUAAUUUUCCACAAGAUAUAUGUGUUUUUUAUGCUUUGCAUUCAAAAAUGCCAACAGCUGAACAAAAAGAAAUAUUUGAUAUACCACCACCUGGAAUUCGUAAAAUCAUAAUUUCAACUGUCCUAGCUGAAACAUCUAUAACAAUAGAAGAUGUUGUUUAUGUUAUUGAUUGUGGAAAACAAAAAUUAUCAAAAUUUGAUAUUAAAAAUAAUUUACAAACAUUAGAUAUUGAAUGGAUUAGCAAAGCCAAUGCAUUACAACGCAGAGGAAGAGCUGGAAGAGUACAACCUGGAAUUUGUUAUCAUUUAUAUACAAAGGCUCGUGCAGAAACAUUGGACCAAUAUCCAUUACCUGAAAUACUUAGGAUUCGUUUAGAAGAAAUAAUACUGCAAAUUAAAAUUUUGCAAAUAGGAAAAGUUGACACUUUUCUAGCUACCAUGUUAGAUGCACCUGAUCCUAAAACUAUAUCUGUCUCUUUACAAUUAUUAAGGCAAUUAAAGGCCCUUGAUGAUCAAGAAAAUUUGACUCCUUUAGGUUAUCAUUUAGCUCAUUUACCAUUAGAUCCUCGAACUGGAAAAAUAAUAAUUUUGGCAGCGAUGUUUUCAUGUAUAGAUCCGAUUUUUUCAAUUGUGGCAAGUUUAUCUUUCAAGGAUCCUUUUUACUGUCCAUUAGGAAAGGAAAUAGAUGCAAUAAAAAAAAAAAUAGAACUUGGUUUAAAUCAGUUCAGUGAUCACAUAGCAAUUUGUGAAGCUUUAAAACGUUUUGAGGAAAUAGGUUAUAAAGGAAUGAAGAGAUCAUUGUGUCAGGAAUAUUUUCUCUCGUGGAAUACAAUGAAGUUAUUAUCCGAUAUGAAAAAACAAUUUGCUUCUUAUUUAUAUGAGAUGAAUUUUUUACGAAACAACAACCCAAAAGACCAUGUUGCUAAUAGAAAUUCUAAAAAUAAGUCUCUUAUCAAAUCUAUUAUCUGUGCUGGAUUUUAUCCCAAUAUUGCAAUUGUAGAAAAAAUUUCGGGAAGUAAUAUAAAAGCUUAUACUGUUGAAAAAGAAACAGUAUACCUGCAUCCAUCUAGCAUUAAUCAUUAUGCACAUAAUUUUCCGACUCCAUAUUUGACUUAUUUUUUAAAAAGAAAGAGCUCAAAAAUUUAUUUAUUUGAUACAACUUGCGUUAGUCCGAUUGCAUUAAUUUUUGCAGCACCAAGUAUGUUUAUUGUAAAAGGACAAGAAGGUGACCUAAUUACGAUACCGAAUGACAUAACUUUUAUAUGCAACGAAGGUGCCCAUUUAAUUGAGAUACUACAUAAAAAGUUAGAUGAUAUAUUAGAAUUCAAAAUAAAUAAUCCAGAUGUAAUUGCUUGGGGCACUUAUGAAGGAAAUAUUUUAACAGCUAUGAUUGAACUAUUAUCUGAUAGUGAUAAAGACUUCGAGUUGCCAGAGCAUCGCAUUUUACCUAGAUACAAAUAAUUAUUUAUGAAAGACUCAUAUUAUGAGUUUUAAUACUUUACACUGAAGUAUAAUUUUGGUUUUUUGGAUGUUUAUAUUUGUAUUUAUGUACGAAAAAAAGUAAAAAAGUAGUA